AUGGGGAAUAAGACGGUUGCCGCAGAAGAUGAGAAUUUAUACGGAAUUCUGAAGGAGCCCAAUAUAGGGAAAGUUCAAUUAGGCCUUGAGAAGAUGUUUCCGACACGUUAUGGUAAUGCAGCUUACUUUGCUGCAGGUACGCAAAGUCUGGGCAUCCGGGAUUCGGUGGACACACCCAGGCGCACUACGACAUCAGGAGUUGGAGCCACAGACUUCUGGCUGGACACUCUAUAUGUCUGCGAAUUCUGCUUCAAGUACACUGAUGAAGAGGUUGCGCUACGGAGACAUGUGUCGUGUUGCAGGUACAGGACGAAGCCUCCCGGGCGCAUUCAGUAUAUGAGCCCAGAAUAUACGAUCCGCAAGGUCAGAGGGUCAAAGCAUCCUCUUUUCUGCCAGUGCCUUUGUCUCUUCACUAAGCUAUUCCUCGACAACAAGUCCAUGUACUUCAAAACUGACCACUAUGACUUCUUCAUCAUCUACCAAAGUUCGACUAAAGAGCCCAUGGGGUUUUUCUCUAAAGAUUUGAUCUCCUACCAAAAAAACAACUUGGCUUGUGUUCUGACGCUUCCUCCUUAUCAGCGGAAAGGUAUUGGAAGCCUGCUAGUUGAUUUUUCUUACAAGCUCUCGAUUCGUGAUGGGCUGAUAUCAGGUCCGGAGAGACCCUUGUCACCUUUUGGACUGGUUAGCUAUUUAAAGUACUGGUCUUCGCAGAUAUGCUGGCAACUGCUUGAGGGUGAUUUGAGUGGCUCAGGUCGAACCAGCUUAGAUGCCAUUUCGCGCGCAACAGGGAUAAGAAUAGGUGAUAUCUUACUGACAUUGAGGAGCCUAAACUGCUUGACAAAGGACUACGACGUAUCCCUUUCUGUACUUAGAGCUUGGGCGAAGGACAACUACUCCUAUAGAAACUCACUUGUGCGUGAUGAAUAUCUGGUACUGGACAACUGA